CUGAUUCAUUUACAUACAAACCUAUAUCUGUUCAUAAUUAUCCUAUUCUAGUGAUACAAUGUAUAAAAAUGGUUGUGCAAUUGAAAGAAUAUUAAGACAUAAAUUAUGCAAAAAUGAUUUUGAUAAUUUACUAUUUUGGUCUGAUUCCAUUUGUCAUUUAGAUAAUGAGAAACCACAAUUUAAACAUUUUAUUAUUGGACAAGAAUGGUUAUAUACAAUGAAUCAUCCACAAAGACAAUUAGAUUGUAGAAUACAUUUCAAUGUAUGAUACAAUAUGAAUUACAUUCAAUUCUAGUCUAUUUUAGAUAUUGAAUGUAUUGGAGAUUUAGCCAUGUUUCUAACAUGUCAAAUAACACGAAAUUAUAAUCAUAUUUGUGUGAAAUUUAUCAGUAAACAGAUUCAACAACAACAACAACAACGAAAAACCGUUAAAUCUAUUAAGAAUACUAAACAAAAUGUCAAGUUUACAGAUAAAAUAGAAAAAGUCGAGAAGAAAUGUGCUAUCAUAGAUGAUGUGAAUAUUGAUCAACAAACUGGGAUACUAACCUCUAAAGUUACAGAAAUAGAUCAUGAUCCAGUUAUGAGUGUCAUUCGAAAAUUACACAUCUAUUUAACCGAUAGAAAUUUUAUUGGAUAUGAUAUUUUACAAAAAUCAAUAAAUGGAUGGUAUUAUUCUAAUAAACAAUUCAAACAUAUGAUUACAAAUUUAAUGAAUUUAACACAUUUUCAAUUAUACCAAACAUCAUCAAUCAAACAAUCCCUUUCAUCAUCAUCAUCAUCAUCAUCCUCACCAUCCUUAGAAGACGAUAAUAUUGAAAGAUUAAUUGCUAAGGCAACUAGAAAGAAUACAAUAAUCUAUUCAACAACAGCGGAUAAUGAAGAUUUACAACAAUUAAUGAAUAUGUUUAAACCAUUCUGUAAAAAUGUUACCAUGGAUACAAAUCAAUUUAAAUAUUAUCAUCUUAUAAAUGAACAAUUAAAUCAAUUAGAUCAUAAUUUAACAAUCAUUUUGGAUAAAUAUCCUUUAGAUGUUUGUAUAAGAUUAUCUAAUCAACUGAUUACAAUUAUGGAGCUUCUUUUAACUCAAGUAACAUUUACAUUGCCGGGGCAACCAAUUUGUCUUGGAAACAAAGAAACACAAAUAUGCGUUGAACUAGAGACCGUGAUAAACACAUCAUAG